AUGUCGCAACGACCCAGUGGACUCAUCGCCAACAAAGGCAUUGAGCUGCUGACUUUCGAAACGCCGAACGGACACAAGGCAUCGAUAAUGCUGGAAGAGCUGAAGGAGAAGUACGGGCUGGAGUACACGUUCCAGAGCAUCAACAUCUUGCAGGGUAUCCAGAAAGAGCCGUGGUUCACCAAGCUGGGGCCGAAUGGCCGUGUCCCGCUCAUCGUGGACCACGACAACGAAGGCUUCGCGGUACAGGAGGGCGCGAGCAUCUUGAGCUACCUGACACGGCAUUACGACCCCGAGAAGGAGUUUACGUUUGAGGAUGCCAAUGAUCUGUCAAGAAUGGAGCAGUGGGUUGCGUGGCAGCACGGUGGCAUCGGACCUACGCAAGGUCAAGCCCAUCACUACUACCGCUUUGCCAAAGAGUACGUCCCUUACGCCAUGCAGCGUUACGUCGGGGAGACUGAGCGGCUGUAUGGCGUCCUGGAUUCGCAACUCAAGGACCGUGACUUCAUCGUCGGGCCCGAACGCGGCAAAUACAGUAUUGCGGACAUUGCCAACUUCAGCUGGGUCAACGUAUCGUAUCUCGCGGGCGUGGACGUGAAGCAGUUUCCGAAUGUGGAGCGGUGGUGGAAGUGCGUGAACGAGCGGCCGGCAGUACAGAGGGGCACGGCGGUGCCCCACCCGAGCGAGUAUGUGAACAAGAGGUAUCUGGAGAGAUUGGAGGAGGACCCGGAGUUCAAGAAGCAGGAGGACCAACUGAAGGAGGCGUGCAGGAAGGCGAAAGAGCAAUAUGGAUACAAAUAUAGCUCACCAUAA